AGAACUUUUGCCUGUCGCCUGAUUUUUGGGACAGCUCCACACUUCAUCCUAACCUAACUACCAACUGGGGAAACUAAACCGACCUUCUUAACCAAAUACAACAGCACAGCAAUUUUUUUUAUUUGUAUUUUUAUUUUUUUUAUGUUGACAUGGAGGACCAACUGAAACAUCAUUCUGUUUGCCAUACCUGCUUGAGAACAGACAGUUCCAUAAAUAAGGUCAUAAAGAUGUACUGGUCCAUACGGAUGCCCAUAUGCAUACUGUUUUUAACCCUGUUUGCCUUCGAAGUGGCUUCAGCUGAAACAUUAUGUGGAGGAGAGCUGGUGGACGCACUACAGUUUGUGUGUGGAGACAGAGGUUUCUAUUUCAGUCGACCAACUAGCAGGUCGAAUAAUCGACGUUCUCAAAAUCGUGGGAUUGUGGAAGAGUGUUGUUUUAACAGUUGUAACCUAGCUCUUCUAGAACAGUACUGCGCUAAACCUGUCAAGUCAGAGAGGGACGUUUCAGCCACAUGCCUACAGGUCAUCCCGGUGAUGCCUGCAUUAAAACAGGAGGUCCCAAGAAAACACGUGACCGUGAAAUAUUCCAAAUACGACAUGUGGCAACGAAAGGCCGCCCAGAGGCUACGGAGGGGUGUCCCCGCCAUCCUGCGGGCCAAGAAGUUUAGGCGGCAGGCGGAGAGAAUCAGGGCCCAGGAGCAACUGCACCACCACAGGCCUCUCAUCACGCUUCCCAGCAAGCUGCCGCCCAUCCUUCAUCCGACAGAAGACUACGUCAGCCACAAGUGAAACCAGGAUCAUUUGCACGGAGUCGAUGAAAAAAAGACUAGGGGAUCAAAGCUUUUUUGUCUCUGACGUCCUUUCUAUGGCAGUCCUCAUCAACCCUUCUUCCUUCCCCACCAGACGUGCUCACAUGCUCUUCCAGUUUCUAUUCUUGCUGUUUCGUUCACCAACAAAAAGUCACAUCACAAACGAAAGGAACGCAAUUCAGGUGAAGAAGCAAAGGAAAAAAACGAAGAAGCCACGGAACGCCGAACGUUUCGCCGGUUUGGAGGACAUCAGAGCGCGAGGAACAGCUUGAGCUAGCAUGAAAGAACCCAUUCCACCGCAUUCUCCCGAGACAAAAGUAUGUCUCUUUUAGUCCUUUUACAUAUUAGUUUGCACCUGUAACUAUAAAGGGACAUCCACACUGUAAGGAAUUGUUGUAAAAUUAGAUUCCUGUUCAAGCACCUUGUAAUCACAAAUGAAAAGCAGAGAAGAGUCUGCAAAUUGCACAUCGCCACGGAUUACGUCAAAGUUCUUGUUAAGUAAAUAAAAAAGGCACUAUUUUUUUAUGGACUAUGAACGUGUAGCUCAAAAAAAUGUCAUGGUGCUAGCUUUGGGAACGGACUCAAAGGAGAAGGGGUUGAAAAAGCCCGUUUUUUUUUUUUUGAAAAAGCACGUUUUUUUUUUUUUUCUUUCCUUUGAAACUUUAUUAAACUUUCCGUUUUAAGGAAAGUGUGACUUUUGAAAGAGAAAACAAGAGCACGAGGGAUAUCGCUGCAUGCAAACGUGUACAUAAGACGCAACGUAUGCAUUGGAUCCUGGCGUGCCGUUGCGAUAAAGGAAGGAGCAGUGUGGGGACGCCGAAGGGAUCACGUUCGAGCGCCAGGAUGUGGAGAACUCACCUCCUUUCGAGCGUGGCUGCACAAAACCCCUGCUUUGCACUGCAGGAUGAGGGACAUUGUGAUCUUGAAAAAGUGGGAUGUUUGUAUUUUCUAUGUUCUUUUUCGUGAAAAUGCUUCAAGGAAAAAAGUAAAAAAAGAAAAGAAGAAAAAAAAAAAGAUCCAGUUUGGUUUCUGGUACCGUGACAUUCUUGUUGUUGCAAAAUUGGCUUUGUGUUUUUGUAACGUUAUUUUACAGUUCUGAAAAAAAAGGCACAAAUAUCAAUUCAAAGGGAAAAAAUGCAAUAAUGUCAACUAACAUAUAUUUUUAACGUUUAUCCGUAGUAUUCACAUGCUUUUGCCUGAAAACAAAUACUUGAAUAUAUAUAUAAAUAUAUAUGAAAUAAAUAUGGAAAUAUAUAUUAUAAUUAGUUUCCAGGGACAUCAUGUAAUAUUCUUUUAGUCUGAGCUGUAUCUUGCGUAAUGAGCCGCCAAGCUUCUUUUUGUUUGUUUAAGUACAAAUAUGGGCACUGUAUAAAGGCAUUAUUUAUUUUGUUAUAAAAUUAUAUAUUAAAAUCGGUCCAAAUACAGUAAUAUACAUAGCACUGAUGCUCAACUGAUGGAUUUUAUUUUAUAUGCUCUCUUAUUUUCCCAUUUUACAUGUAAAUGCUUUUUGUAGAUGCUUUGUACCAAAAAAAAAAAAAAAUGUUUUCCUUUUUUUCCUUUCGGUUCACCACAGAGCUAUUUUAAAAUCAAUAUUUUAACAGCAGCUGUAGCCUGGAUAGCUUAGGCAUGUUAUAAUGCAAAAAUAGGCACAUACUCAGAAGACUCUCUCUCUUUCUCUUCCUCCCGCAUGGCUUUUUAAUCUGCCAAAUGGAUUUCUGUUUAUAAAAAAACAAAAACAACUACAAAAAAACCUUGUGUUUAACUUUCCUCACGAGGAUCUGGAUAACCCGGUCUCUAUAUGCCGUGAUUGUAUACAACCCACUACAGUUUAAACCACUUUAGUGCCGUUUUCAUUGUCGUAUCGUCAUUUUUUGGCUUCUCUAAGGUAUUCCACAAAAGAAAGCAAAGUAAGAACCAAACCAAUAUGAUGUCACCAAGAUCCAUUAUGAUGUCACAAAGAGUGGACUGUUUAUACAUCCCCUCAGUCUCGCCAUCUUACAAUAAUGUGCCCUAAAUCCUCUUAUUUCCUUUUCGGUUGGGGUGUCCUCCAUGUAUCUUCACCUCAGUUGUCGAAGGGCUACCGUACUUAGAUACCCAAAUACUCAGGAAAUAUUAGUGGAUUUAUGUGAAAAACCCAAUACAAGGCAAUUUUUUUUUGCAGUUUCUCAGCCAAGCACAAUAAGUCAGUAUCGUUUCUUGUAUGUGCCCCAUCUUUAAGGUCAUUAAAUGAUACUAUAGUAUCGCUUAGUACCUGGAAACUUAAAGGUCUAAGUGCCUGCAGUGUAUCCCUCUGCCUUGAUAAUCCAGUAUUUAUCUGAUUCAUAUCAGUUGUGAUGAAGCAGUGCAAUUAUUGUAAUUACUAUCAUUAUUUUUAUUAUUCAAACAUCCCAUAUUUCCGAAGACAUCGCCAUUUUUCUGUUGUUAUUCCUGCAAGGACUGCAUCCAUUGCUGUUAUUUCCAAACUGGUUACUUAACUUUCCGUGCAUAAAAAGGCAUGUAAGGAAAACACAUGCUUUUGUGCUCAAAAUGAAGGGAUCAUUUGUCUUUCAUUGGCAAUGGUUUAAUA